GGAAUUUCCUAUUUCAAAUUGAAGGUAGUAUGAACAAGAUGUAGGAAAAUUUAAGGAAAUAAGGUAAUCAAGAAAAAGGAUGGACCGAGAAGAUCAACGUAGAUACCUGGUGGUUGGGUCCGUCAUUUUAGAAGUUGUGACUCCCUUGUUCCAACAGAAGAUAAAGAAUGACUAUACAACUGGUGGGUUUGGAUCCCUUCAGGCAUUUAUCAACAGUCAACAAGUCAUUCACACCCUGUUUCACCUACGACACAGAAAUUCUUGGUGUUGUAAGGACAAAUCAAACUGCCAUAACCCUUCUGUGUUGCCUUUGGUUUACUGCCAAUGGAACAAAUUGUAUUCCGAAAAUCCAGGACCAGGGAUCCACAACUGUCACUGCAAAUUCACAGCUAAUCUUGUUCAACUUAAUGAACUAGAUAUCAGCCUUUCCAGUUUAAUUUUAUUGAACUGUUGUAACCUAUCACAACCUGAAGAGGAAGCUGUUCAAUUGUUACGACAAUACAAGAAUGACUACUUAAGUCAUAAUACAACAGGUUGUAUAACCCAAACUGAAUACAAUACCGUAUGGCCAGAUCUAGUAACUUAUGUCUUGCGACUUGACCCAAGUAAAAAUGAUUCUCUCAUCAAGAUAGAACACAGACCACUGGACAAGUCACUGUGUAAAAAAUACUUCACAUUCCUUCUUGAUCUUCAUCAACAGAUAGAAGAGAUAAAGUCAACCAUGGAAAGUGUUCAUUCGUCCAUCCAAGCUGUCAGUUCUUCAAUAAGUGGACUGAACAGUUCUGUAGAAACAGUUUUUCAGGCAAUGGAUACAACAGUUCAAGGAAUAGACAUAGCAGUUCAUAGAACAGAUACAGCAGUUCAAGGAAUGGAUACAAGAGUUGAAGGAAUGGAUACAAGAGUUCAAGUAAUGGGAAAUUCCAUCCAAGGAAUAGAAACAUCAGUUCAGCAAACAAAUGAUCUUCUUAAGGAACUCCUACAGAAAGGUUUGACAUGUGAAUGUGGCAGACAAAUCAUAAUUCCUCUCUGUAAUGACCAAAGAAGAAAACAGAAAGAAAGAAGAGAUCAGUAUCAACUAGGACAAAAUAUCUUCUUCCUUCAUCAACAACUCAAUCUUAAGUCACUAUUCAUUAUUGGCGAGACAGAAUUCAUUCGAGAUGUAAAGAUGAUGGAUGAUGGUAGACUGGUGUUCUGUUUACCUGAGGAAAAGAGACUAAUGAUAUGUAACACUGAUGGAUCACAGAUAGACAGUAUAUAUGUACAGGGAAUACCAUGGUCUGUAACUGCAGUCAACAACUCUAUAGUGGCUGUUACAGUUAAACGGCCGUUCGAAUGCUAUAUAGAGACGUAUGACAUAAACAAUAAACACAAACUUAAAUCCAUAUUAAUUCCUGGAAUAUUUAUUGCUAUGGGCAUUUCAAUGAUAAACAACAAGUUAGUAGUAGGUGGUGCGAGAGAACUACUGAGUGUUGAUUAUCAGACAGGAGAGACAUGUACAAUAACAACAAUAGAAGGAGACAUGUAUCCCUGUGUGUUACAUGCUUCUGGUGACAGAAUAUUCUUCACUGACAGGUCUUUAUGGAGCACAGAUAAAACACUAAGCUCGUACAAUUAUAUUGAUAACAAAAUAUAUAACAUGAAAUGGCCAUCACAUUCAACCUCUAUAACUUCUCUACAAGAUGGAAGUUUGUAUUUGGGCUGUAUUGAUGGUUUAAUACAUCAUGUAUCAAAAGAUCUUAAACAUAGGGAAAAAGUCAGAGUAAGCAACAAUGAGUGGCUGAAGGGAAUUUCUUUUAUCAGCUACAACACAAAACAAAAUAAGAUGGUUGCUCUUAAUAAUAAAAAUAUUCUGAGCAUCUUUCAUGAAUAUCAGUAAGACCUAUGUCAAUUUUCCAUAUGUUGUACUGUUUAUUCUGUUUAGAAUUGCAAUCAGUUAGUAAAGUAAAGUAAAAGAAAAUAACACUUCAUUAUUUUGUUUUGUUUGAGGUGCUUUUAAACAGUAAAAUCUAAUGUUGGGUAAGAAAUGACAAUGAAGUUAUAUACAGAUGACAGUAGAUAUACUGUAAACCAACUUAUUUUGGCGGAUACUUUAUUUCGGGAUUUACUUUUUCUAGACCACUUUGCGGCUAUUUAAUUUCACGAUUUUCUAAUUUACUUGAUGUAUUUUAACAAGGAAAGAUCAAAUUUUUACACAUUCGCGACGAUUAAUAUUCGCGUUAUUUUUCUACUCGCGAAAGUCGCAAAAAUUAAUCGCUGACGAAAAUAAGUUGGUUUACAGUACUUCAAUGGUAAAAUCUAGGGUUAGAUGAGUAUUGACAAUUUAGUCUUGACCUUCAUAUAUAUUCUGCUUUAAAUUGUACAUGCUUUAUAGGUAGGGACAUGUGUUAAUACUUUACUUAAGUAAUCCAGAUAAAAAACACAUUUUUCUUACCUUUUAAGUUGACCAACCAUUGAAACUUUGGCUGAUUCUACAUUUCUUAUUUGUCCUGCUCUUACACUAAAAACAAAAACACAUAGUAUAUGGUUUAAUAUGAUUCAUAAAAUGUUUUGUUGAUAUUUAGUAUGAAAACUGUAAUAUAAAAUUCCUCUUUUACAUUCUAUCAAAUAACAGAACUUACAUUUUCAUUUGCCUAAGACUCAUUGUGAGAUAAAAAUCUUUCAAUGUUGACAUACAUUUGGAAUAAUUUCUAGAUCGAAUCUUGAUGUUAUAAAUGCUUAUCAAUUAUAUAACGAUAUCACCACUACUUAAAUUCAAAUUUAUAAGUUUUCUUAAUCUUUGUUCAACUAAGGACUCAUUUUCAUUAAGCCUUGUAUGCUAUUAUAUAAUUAUAAACAUGCAUUACACAGUGUCAGUUAUGAAAACCGAAAUUUUACCUUUGAAAAUUAUGUGUGAAGAAUGACAUUUAUUUUUGAAAUUAUUUCAAACAUUAUCCCUACUGUGAUAUUCAUGAACUAUACAAUCUUUCAUAUUGGCUUUAUACUUGUCACAUAUAGAUCUGAGUAUAAAAACUAACCUCCAUUCAAUAGCAUGUUCCAGAGAUUUAAACACAGCUGGCCUGCCUCUCAAAAAACUCUGCAUACUGGUUAAUGCUUCCAAAGCUGUUCCUAUAAUAUAAAAUACACUGUUGUAAAUAUUGAGUCCUGUAUAUAUAGUGAUGCUGAAUUAUUAAAUAAUUAAAUGAUUGUAAAUAAGUAACUUACAACUCAUUAAGAUGUAUUUCCUUUCACCAUCAUCAUCAGUUUUAUUGUACUUUUUUUUUUAUUCUUGUGAGCAAGUAUUUCAUUAUAUGAAUGUAACUGUUACAUGUGCACAUUUGUAAAUUUAUUGUCAAUACUUUUAUUUUUCAAUUACACAGAAAUUGUAUAAAAAGUUUAAUUAUAUUUUAUCAAAUGAUAUCCUCCCAACAUGUCCAAAGAGAAUUAUUGUCAUAUACAUGAAUUUUACUUUUGUAGAUUGCUUUUUUGGAAAUAUGAACCAUCUAUGUUAUAUAGAUAUAGGAAGAUGUGGUAUGAGUGCCAAUGAGACAAUUCUCCAUCCAAAUAACAAUUUAUAAAAGUAAACCAAUAUAUGUCAAGGUACAGCCAACUCAUUGAUACAGAGUUAAAAAUUAAUCAACCAUAUCAAUUUUUGAAAUCAAAUGAUAAUAACUUGAUGAAAGUUUGAAAAAGAUGAUGUUACAUGUUUAGUGUGUAUUUAUCAAUGCAAAAUUUAAUAAUAUCUAAGUUGAGGUUAUAAGGCAAAGAGAAUACAAAAGAGGUUAUAAUAGCUCUCUGUAUAUGAUAUACUUUAUUUAUUAUUAUCAUAUAAGUGUAUUACAUAUGUAUGUAGAUAGCUGCACAAAAAUUGUUUUCUAUCCAAUAAAUGUUGUCAAAAUAUACACAGAAAA